AAUAAUAAGCCGCAGUAGAGCGAAAGACUGUGUGUACCUGCAAAGUACAUGAUCUAAGUUUGAGUGACAAAUGUGCCCUUGAAAAGCUGCCACCUUAAGUUCUAGAGAGAGAGACGCCAGCCCACCAACUCGUAACUCUCUGGUUAUCUCUUUGCAAUUUUCUCCCAAUUCUAUGUAGAGGUGAAACAGAAACAGAGUACUUUGUUGUUUUUGUUUUGUUAUGGUUUUUUUGUGAUUGAAAGAGGUUGGAUAUAAAGGAGAAGUGAAGGUUUUCAGGUGGUUGAGGGAGAUGGAUAACAAAGGUGAAGCAUUGGAGGCUGUGUUGAAGGAGGCUGUUGAUUUGGAAAACGUGCCAAUUGAAGAGGUUUUUGAGACUUUGAGCUGUAACAGACAGGGUCUUUCAACAGAGGCUGCUGAGCAAAGGCUUACCAUAUGUGGUUACAAUAAGCUUGAAGAGAAAGAGGAGAGUAAAUUUUUGAAAUUUUUGGGGUUUAUGUGGAACCCUCUCUCAUGGGUCAUGGAAGCUGCUGCUAUUAUGGCCAUUGCACUAGCCAAUGGAGGAAAUAAGCCCCCAGACUGGCAAGAUUUUGUUGGGAUUAUAACCCUGCUACUUAUCAAUUCAACCAUAAGUUUCAUAGAGGAGAACAAUGCGGGUAAUGCUGCUGCGGCUCUCAUGGCUCGUCUUGCUCCUAAAGCUAAGGUUCUUCGAGAUGGGAAAUGGGUUGAGGAGGAUGCAGCCGUUCUUGUUCCUGGUGAUAUAAUCAGUGUUAAGCUUGGGGACAUUAUUCCUGCAGAUGCGCGUCUCCUGGAAGGUGAUCCGUUGAAAAUUGAUCAGUCUGCUCUUACAGGCGAGUCUCUUCCUGUGACAAAAGGUCCUGGUGACAGUGUAUAUUCUGGUUCUACGUGCAAACAGGGUGAGAUUGAAGCCGUGGUUAUUGCCACAGGUGUUCAUACUUUUUUUGGAAAGGCUGCACACCUUGUUGAUUCAACUAAUCAAGUGGGUCACUUUCAAAAGGUCUUGACUGCUAUUGGGAAUUUCUGUAUCUGUUCCAUUGCGGUGGGGAUGAUCAUAGAGAUCAUUGUCAUGUACCCAAUUCAGCACAGGCAAUACCGACCUGGAAUCGACAAUUUACUUGUACUUCUUAUUGGAGGAAUUCCUAUUGCUAUGCCCACAGUUCUUUCUGUGACAAUGGCAAUCGGUUCCCACCGCUUGUCUCAGCAGGGAGCUAUCACAAAAAGAAUGACAGCAAUAGAAGAAAUGGCAGGCAUGGACGUACUUUGCAGUGACAAAACUGGAACUCUAACUUUGAACAAAUUAACAGUUGACAAGAAUCUUAUUGAGGUCUUUGUAAAAGGAGUAGACACAGACACUGUUGUUCUGAUGGCAGCUCGAGCCUCCCGAUUGGAAAACCAGGAUGCAAUAGACACUGCUAUUGUGGGAAUGUUGGCUGAUCCAAAAGAGGCACGAGCAAAUAUUCAAGAAGUUCACUUCCUUCCCUUCAAUCCUACCGAUAAGCGAACUGCUUUGACAUAUACUGACAGUGAAGGUAAAAUGCAUCGGGUCAGCAAAGGUGCACCAGAACAGAUAUUGAAUCUUGCACACAACAGAUCAGAGAUUGAACGAAGAGUUCAUGCUGUGAUUGAUAAAUUUGCAGAACGUGGACUACGAUCUCUUGCAGUGGCAUAUCAGGAAGUUCUAGACAGAAGGAAAGAGAGUCCAGGAGGCCCUUGGCAGUUUGUAGGUCUCAUGCCUCUAUUUGAUCCACCUAGACAUGAUAGUGCAGAAACAAUUCGGAGGGCAUUGAAUCUUGGGGUGAAUGUGAAAAUGAUCACAGGUGACCAACUUGCAAUAGCAAAAGAAACAGGACGUCGAUUGGGCAUGGGAACCAACAUGUAUCCUUCAUCGGCCUUAUUAGGACAGAACAAAGAUGAGUCAAUCAUUGCUUUACCUGUUGAUGAGCUCAUAGAGAAAGCUGAUGGUUUUGCUGGUGUUUUUCCGGAACACAAAUAUGAGAUUGUUAAACGCUUGCAAGCUAGGAAACAUAUAUGCGGAAUGACUGGCGAUGGAGUCAAUGAUGCUCCUGCUCUUAAGAAAGCAGACAUUGGCAUAGCUGUUGCUGAUGCAACUGAUGCUGCUCGUAGUGCUUCUGACAUUGUCCUGACUGAACCUGGUCUUAGUGUUAUCAUUAGUGCUGUUUUAACUAGUCGGGCAAUUUUCCAGAGGAUGAAAAAUUACACAAUAUAUGCAGUCUCCAUUACUAUUCGUAUUGUGCUUGGUUUCAUGCUACUAGCUCUCAUAUGGCAGUUUGACUUUCCACCCUUCAUGGUGCUGAUAAUUGCUAUUCUUAAUGAUGGUACCAUUAUGACAAUAUCGAAGGAUAGGGUGAAACCAUCCCCUCAGCCAGAUAGCUGGAAGUUGGCCGAAAUUUUUACCACCGGCAUCAUUUUUGGUGGUUACUUAGCAAUGAUGACAGUAAUUUUCUUUUGGGCAGCAUACAAGACAAAUUUCUUUCCUCAAACAUUUGGAGUGUCAAGCCUGCAGAAGAAGGAUGUCGAUGACCUGCAAACAUUUGGAGUGUCAAGCCUGCAGAAGGAGGAAGUUGAUGACCGGAGAAAGCUUGCCUCUGCUGUCUACCUGCAAGUGAGCAUAAUCAGUCAGGCCCUCAUUUUUGUGACACGGGCUAGGAGCUGGUCUUAUGUUGAGCGUCCCGGCCUGUUACUUCUUUUUGCUUUUGUUGUCGCUCAGCUGAUUGCUACGGUGAUUGCCGUUUAUGCAAACUGGAGCUUUGCUGCAAUUGAAGGAAUUGGAUGGGGUUGGGCUGGUGUGAUCUGGCUUUAUAGCCUCAUCACUUACAUCCCACUAGAUUUCUUAAAGUUCUUAAUCAGAUACGCCCUGAGCGGAAAGGCCUGGGAUCUGGUCUUCGAGCAAAGGAUUGCAUUCACGAAAAAGAAGGAUUUCGGAAAAGAAGAACGUGAGCUUAAAUGGGCGCAUGCACAGAGGACCCUCCACGGAUUGCAUACACCUGACACCAGGAUGUUCAAUGAUCGCAGCAGUUUCACAGAACUUAACCAGAUGGCAGAAGAGGCAAAACGACGAGCUGAGAUUGCAAGACUGAGGGAACUGAGUACACUGAAGGGGCAUGUGGAGUCAGUGGCUAGGCUAAAGGGCCUUGACAUAGACACAAUUCAGCAGUCCUACACUGUCUAAAAGAAGGUCAUGAGAGAAUGAUAAAAUUACAAACAAAUUACAUAUGCAUAUAUAUGUGUGUAUAUGUACGUGUAUGUGUAUAUACGUAUAUAUAUUUAUAUUUUAUCGUUUGUAUGACCUUUAGAGUUCUCAUAUUUAUUAUUAAAAGUGUUUUAUUUUAUGAUGCAUCUGUAAUUUAUCACUCAUUUUAACACAGCACGAUUCUUUUAGAUUC